AUGUCUUUGACCCCACAUUAUUAUUCCGAUCUUCAUCAAUUUGAAGGUUCUAUUAAUCCUUAUACUUCCGUGUCGUCAGGGUCGUCAGCUACUCUGUCAGAAAUUUACGACAUUACAAUUGGACCUUCAUCUAUUACCAGUGCCUCCAGUUAUGCUUCAGAGUCUAUCGAAACUGAUUCUGUUAACAAAGCUGUCUCGGCUGUCUCAUCGCUCUCUACUUCAGUGGCAACUUCCACAUCCACUUCAACUGUCUCGAGCAGUACAUCUUCGUCUUCAUCGUCCUCUUCAUCCUCUUCUAACGGUUCCUUAGAUAACUCGACAUCGGGAGCUUCCAAAUUACUGGUAAAGAUAUUGGGCUUACUUAUGGUUUCUAGUGCAGUUGGUUCUACCAUUAAUCUCUAA